UGGAGCUGUGCCCGGUUUAAUGCUUCGUCUUUUUCGUGAAGCAAAGCCACUUUAAAAAGAUAGUAGUGGCUGUAGCGGACGUCCGAAACAACUUGACGAGAUGGACAGGUUUUGCCAUGAAGAAGCAGAGUUUAUUUUAAUGGAUGAGAAUAUUCUGCGGAUGGCAGUAGCUGAGCAAAAUUCAAAAGAUAAAACUCGUCGUGCGUCCAAGAUAGAGGGAAUCCAUUUUGAAGAAGUCCUUCAACUACAUGUCGAGUAUAAAGACAUCCUUAACAUUGACAACUUGUGGGGCUUCACAUCACUCACCAAGCUGGAGCUGAACAACAACUGCAUCGCGAAGAUCGAGGGCCUGGAUGGGCUGGUUCAUUUACAAUGGCUGAAUUUGUCUUUCAACAAAAUCGAGAAACUUGAGGGCCUGCACCGUCUGCACAAGCUGGAGUUUCUGAAUUUGACUUCAAACAGAAUCUCAGUGAUUGAAAACAUGAACUGCCUUGAGGAACUGAAACUUUUCUCCAUCGCACACAACUGUAUUGAUCAAGUGGAGACUAUUCUUCAUCUGAGAAAACUGAAGAACCUGAGGACGCUGAAUGUCUUUGGCAAUCCAUUACUGAUGGAGUGCGAUUACAAGUUAUUCAUUGCUGCCCACUUCCCAAACCUGAUGUACCUGGACUAUAGAGUUCUCACUCAGGAGGCCAAAGCAGAGGGCGCCAUGAAAUACUUAAUCUCUAUAGAGAAAAUAAAAUCUCAAGAAAGGCUUGUGGAGGUUGAGAGGAGACAAGAGGCCGAACUACAGCUGCACAAGGAUGCUUUUGUGGAAUUCCUGAGUGACUCCCAGCUCUUCAACGAAAUGUUCAGAGAUGAUCCUGAAGUCGAUAAAAUUCGCAACAUUCCUGGAGUGGUGACUGUGGUGGAAACAUUUGGAAAAGAGGUGGUGGAGUUAUGCUGUCAGAUAUUUAAACUGGGCUUGGCCGAGCAUCAAAAACGAGAUGAGGAGGUGAAGCUAUUCUUCAGAAUUCAGACUGAAACUGAAAACCAAUACCAACAGAAAGCUGCUGGAAUAUUGGGAGAGUUUGAGCUGCAACAACAAAAAAUGACUUCCGAGAUACAGCAGACCUCGGACUCAGAAAUACAAAAAGUCAAACUUGAAUCCAGCAACCAUCAAAUCAACGUCCUCCAGAAGGAACUAACAGCACUGGAGUUUGAGAUGUCCAGCCAGUUGGAGAGCAAUGCCAAAAGGUUUGACAAUAACAUGACAGACAUGGUCAGCAAUUUCAGCGAAACAGUUCAAGGGAUAUUCGCUCAGUGCCGGGAUCUAGAAAACAACUACUACAAGCAGGUCCAAGAAGUUGCUGUGGCCGCCAUUGAAGCAGCUGCACAGGAUGCUUUGGAGGACAUUGUUCUCGAUGACUUUAGGGAGAUUUUCCUUGACAAAGAGAUAUUGAUCGAUGUGCUUGCCACAAGCCACGACAACCAUCUGACCAAGAUCAAUGACCGGGAGUCGGAACUGGUGACGCGUCUGAAUGCCUGGAAAGGGACUCUUAUCAAAAAGAUACAAGAGGACGCUCAGAGGUGGAACUCCACUCGCAUUUCAGACAUUGAGAGAUAUGUGGACUAUUUGAGGAAGCAGGCAGACGCUAUAUACAAUUUGUCUUGAAAUCAAUUGUACGACUAUAUUACUACUGAUUUAUAUCAGUAAUAACACAUUGUGAGGAACAUUCUGGGCGACCAUUUAGAAGAGCAACAUUUGUGCGUUAGCAUCAGUGGAAAAUGUUAUUAAGACCAGUACUUUCUCUACAUUGAUGUAUUCCUUUGAACUAUUCUCAGAUGUAACAGGCUAUGUACGAAUCAUAAACACGUGGGCCGCAGUAUAGCCAAACUAUGAUAUCAAGAAGGGAUGCAAAAUGUUUUAUUUAAUGGCCUCAAAUGUCCUGUGGAUUGUGACUUUUUAACUGUAUUUUG